UGUUGAGGCUGCAUUCGAUCGCACCCCCGUCCCCCGUCCGUGGUCAGUGUCGUUGAUGCGCUCUGGGGUGAGCAGGGCGCCUGCAGAAUGGGGUGUUCACUACUGCUAAGGCAACUCUGGCUGCUUCUUUGGAAAAACUUUGUUCUCCAGAUUCGUCGUCCAAUCGGGACUGUGUUUGAGCUGCUUAUUCCAGCAUUGGCACUGUUGGUACUGGUUGGAAUAAGGCAGAUACCUGGUGUGGAUGUGGUGUACACUUGCCUGGCUACGUUUGAGUCGGACUAUCUCCAAGUCCCAGAGGACUACGGAACCAUCUACUAUGCUCCCAACAAUAGCAACACCACUGCCAUCAUGAGGGAGGCUGUGAGGAAGUGGCCUCAACUGAACGGGUCCCUGGUAGCCCUGGCCAACGAGACCCAGCUGGUGAACACUCUCAUGAACAUGAGCGACCAGAACCCUAGUGGUGUUUGUCAGCCCAAUGGCAGAGCUGGAGUGGUGUUUGACGACGUAGACUCUGAGAGGAUAGUGUACACUCUGAGGUUCCCUUAUGAACAGGAGUGGGCCACAGACCAGCUCACCAACAGCUUUGUCAUCGACUCAGCCUCUACCUCAAGUUCCUACAUGAAGUAUGGGUUUGUGAAUCUCCAGAGAAUAGUGGAGGAGAGUAUUAUAGCACAUGUCACGAGAGAUCAAGAAACAGUUGAUGUUGAUCUGGCCAUGAGACAAUUCCCCUAUCCGCCGACGUCACAAGACCCGUUUCUGUCCCGGCUGGGUUUCUCCCUCUCCCUCUUGCUCAUGUUGGCCUUCAUCUACACUUUCUCUCAGAUUGUCAAGGAACUGGUGAUAGAGAAGGAGACUCGUAUCAGGGAGUCAAUGUUGAUGAUGGGACUGAGGCAGUGGGUGCUGUGGGCCAGUUGGUUUAUCAAACAACUCCUCUUCAUGUCUGUCUGGGUUCUUGCCUUUCCUAUCCUUAUGAAGUACACUAAUGUGUGGCCAAAGAGCGCCAUUUUCCUGUUACUCAUAUUCUUCCUUCUCUAUGUCAUGAGCAUCAUAGCCUUUGGAUUCCUCGUCAGUGUGUGGUUCAACUCUCCGAGAGUGAGUCUCAUCGUGUCCUUCAUCCUCUUCUUCAUCAGCUUUGUUCCAAUGCUCUUCAUCCCGUUCUUCACCGCCAAGAUACCCUAUGGGGGGAAGUUGGCCCUGAGUCUGCUGUCCAACACUGCCUUUGGCCAGGGAGCCAUGGUCAUCUCUCACUGGGAGGAGAGCCGACUGGGUCUCCAGUGGGACAACGUAGCCAAACCCCUCUCCAUCGAGGAGCCCCUCAAUAUGGGGGCAAUCUUUGGCAUGAUGAUCUGUGAUAUUGUCCUCUACCUGCUCCUUGCCUGGUAUAUUGAUGCUGUGAAGCCGGGCACAUAUGGCAUCCCAAAACCACUCUAUUUCCCUCUCCUCCCGUCGUACUGGACCGGGAAAGCAAGAAAGUCAUCAGCAGCAGAUGCGGAGGAGAGCUCGGGAUGGCAUGAUGCACAGGCCCAUGAAAAAGAGCCCACAGACAGAGAAGCUGGCAUCAAGAUAAAGGGUCUUACAAAGGUCUACGAUCAGGGAUUGUUCAGCAGACGUGGUAAGACGUUGGCGGUGGACAGUCUGAAUCUGAACAUGUAUGAGGGUCAGAUCACUGCUCUCCUGGGCCACAAUGGAGCUGGCAAGACCACCACCAUCUCCAUACUUACCGGUCUGUACACACCGACGGGAGGUACAGCAGUCAUCAAUGGAUAUGACAUACGGAGCAACAUGGACCAGAUCAGACACAGUCUCGGCAUCUGUCCCCAGCACAAUGUCCUCUUUGACAGACUCACUGUCAGGGAACACUUGAAGCUCUUUGCAAUGCUGAAGGGGAUGCCUCGAAAGGAAGUGGAUCGUGAGGUGGCAAGCAUGUUGCAGGACCUUCAGCUCGUGGACAAGACGAAGACUGCAGCUAAGAACCUCUCUGGAGGGAUGAAGAGGAAACUCAGUGUUGGUAUAGCCCUGAUAGGAGGGUCGAAGACAGUGGUGCUGGACGAGCCAACAUCAGGAAUGGAUCCAUAUGCCAGGAGAGCUACUUGGGACCUGCUGGCCAAGCACAAGGAGGGCAGGACCAUCCUACUCACCACUCACUUCAUGGACGAGGCUGACCUACUGGGAGACAGGAUUGCCAUCAUGGCUGAGGGCAGGUUGAUGUGCUCGGGGUCCUCUCUCUUCCUCAAGAGCAGGUAUGGAGUGGGGUACCACCUGACCCUGGUGAAGGGUGAGUCAUGUGACACUGAUCGACUGAGUGAGCUGAUCAAGUCCACCGUGCCUGGUUCCCAGCUGGCAUCAGACGUGAGUGCAGAGCUCACCUUCCUCCUCCCUUCACCUCCAGCCAACACUUCCCCACCCUCCUGGACACACUCGAGACACAAAGAAGCAGUUUGGGUUUCUCCAGUUUUGGCUUGUCUCUCACGACAAUGGAGGAGGUAUUUAUGAAGGUUGGCACUGGCUCCACCCAACUCACUACCAGUCUGAUGUUGUCUCAGGAGCCUUCUGCAAAAGCUGCUGCUCCAGCUUCUGCAUCUGAUCAGGGUGUGGGCGGUGAGAAGGCCUGGGGAGUAGCCUCUUCUCUGAUCCUGGCAGAGAACGAUGUGGUGUAUGAGACUGAAGGCAAGAGUGGAGUGAUUGGCAACACACCCCUUAUAUCAGCGCCAGUAGUCCGGCACACCGGCCCCAUCCUCUGGCUCCAGCAGUUCCUGGCCAUGUUCCUCAAGAGGUUCUACAACUCUCUUCGCUUCUACGUGGCCGUGAUCACCCAGCUCAUCCUCCCGCUGGUCUUCAUGCUCUUCGCGCUCAUCCUCAUCAAGAUCCCCAACUCUGCCCUGCAAGAUCAACCAAGUCGGCUACUGACUCUCCGCCACUCGGCCCUCUCCCACAAUGUCACCACCUUCUGGGCCCAGUUCGGAGACCCCCCACCUCUCUUCAACUUUACUAACGUUACUGCGGGAGAGAUCCUUGCUAGCAACCUGUUUGACUAUACCAGUCGUGUCCAGAGCAUCAAAGACGGCGUCAGUAACUUGAACUUUUCAGAGGCCUCGGAUUGCUGCGACUACUCCUACCAACUCCUGGACAAGUUCUGUUCUUCACUCUCUUCGAGUGACUUCAAACAAAGCUGUAAAGGGAACUACAACUAUAAGCAGUGCCCAGAGUGUCUCGGAUGUUGCAGUACCCUCCAUAAGACAUAUGCCCUGGCGUGUCAAGGAGGCGGCCCUUACGAUGCAUACAUCGGUAACUACUGCCCGUCACCACCCCUUCUCUCGGUGUCUGAUGCAUACAACGGGUCCCUCUCGGGCCCACUAGACAGCGACAACACGUUUGUGGCAGAGUAUCUCAUCGGAAUCGCCGAUAAACUCGAGCCCUCUGUCUUCUUCCAAGACGUCCAGGCUGGCUUUGUGGUGAGCUACCAAGAACCGCCACUCAGUUUCUGCCGACUUGCAGACGGAAAUCAAACUCUGACAUUCUCUACUCUUCUGAGCGCUCUCUACAACAGAUCUGCUUUCACCUUCAACCAAAGCUGUGAUGACUAUCUGACGCUCUGUUACGAGAACAUCACUUCAGGCUCGUUUGGUUGUGACUGUGCCCUAGAAUGUGUUGAGAGUGUGGUUCCGGAUAUCGGGAACGUCACGAGUCUUCCGGGGGACUACUACUCUCGUCUGCCGUCUGACACGCAGUAUGUGAUACAGGAGCCAGUGUGUGGUAAAUUACAGGCCGGGGUGGCCAAGGUGUACCCUGACCAGGAGGACACUCUAACAGUCACCAUAUGGUACAACAAUCAGCCAUAUCACAUGGUGGCGUCGUCACUCAAUGCCUUCCACAAUGUGUUUCUGAAGCAGGUCAUGGGGGAAGAGUGGUCCAUCACUGCCUACAAUCACCCUUUACCACGCACAGAGCAAGCAAAGGAGGAUCAAACCAGUUUCUCUGCAUUCUACGGACUGGCAGUGAGUGUCCUUGGAUGCUUUGGCUUUGCCUUCCUCAUCAGCAGCUUUGUGGUCUUCCCAGUACAAGAGAGAGAGUGCAAGGCCAAACACCUUCAGUUUGUGAGUGGUGUUAAUGCCGUCAUCUACUGGCUAGGAAACUAUGCGUGGGAUCUCAUCAAUGCUCUCGUCAUUGUCAUACUCACCUUUCUUCUGAUGGCCGCUUUCCAGACCUCUGGAUAUCAGGGACAAGGCCUGGGAGCCGUCUUUCUACUCAUGGUGUACACGUGCUGGGCUGGGAUACCUCUUGCCUACUGCGUCUCGUUCCUGUUCAAGAGUCAUCUGGUCGCCUACGGAGUCUUCUUCCUACUCUUCUUCUUCCCUCCUCUGGCAUUUCAGUUGGCUGUGUUGCUAGUGAGUGACUCUCACACACAAGAUGUUCUCCACUAUCUGUUUCUUCUGCAUCCUGGCUAUGGGUUGCAGAUAGGAUUUGCCAACAUCUACAUUUCACAGACGUUCAAAUCUCUAUGCGAUAAGCCUGGGAACCCAAGCCCCAGUAUAUGUGAGGGACUGUAUGUGGAGGAUCUGUUCCAGUUUGACAGACCAGGCAUUGGCUCCACUCUCAUGUACUCUGCCAUUGAGGGAGUCCUACUUCUCUUCCUCGUUGUUGCCAUUGAGUACUCGUUUUUCGUCCCACUGGUGAAGCAGCUGUUGAUCUAUUACAUGGAGACAAAUAAUAAUAAAGGUGGAUACAGCUUACUCCAGGAAGAUGCUCAGUUGUUGGAGGAUGAUGAUGUUGCUAAUGAGAGGAGGGAGGUGCUCUCGGGGGAUGACAGACACUCGGACAAUGUAGUGGUCAUCAAGAACUUGAGCAAGGUGUACUGGCCUCAACUGAGUGGCUGUUCAGUUGUUCCAUCCAAGAGAGCAGUCAACAGCGUCUGUCUGGCCAUACCACGUGGAGAAUUCUUUGGUUUUGUCGGUGUCAAUGGUGCGGGGAAAACCUCCACAUUUGGUAUGUUAACGGGAGACAUCACUCCGUCUAGUGGAACUGCGUUUGUCUCGGGCUGUGACAUCAGGACUGACAUGAAAAGUGUCCAGCAGCAGAUUGGCUACUGUCCUCAGUUUGAUGCUCUGAUAGAGAGGAUGACAGGGAGAGAGCUGCUAACCAUGUUUGCCAGACUGAGAGGUAUUCCAGAGUCUCGCAUCAGAGAUGUGGUCACCUCCACCAUCAACAAGCUGGACCUCGCAAAGUAUGGGAACAGACAGUGUGGAAAGUACAGUGGUGGUAACAAGAGGAAACUGAGCACUGCUAUUGCCCUCAUUGGAGACCCUCCCAUCCUCUUCCUGGAUGAGCCAACUACAGGUAUGGAUCCAGGGACACGGCGCUACCUGUGGGAUGUUCUGACUGGAGUCACUAGAGAGGGAAGGAGCAUCAUACUCACCACUCACAGUAUGGAGGAGUGUGAGGCACUGUGUACCAGACUGACUAUCAUGGUGAACGGAGAGUUCAAGUGUCUGGGCAGCAUACAACACCUCAAGAGCAAGUUUGGAUCGGGGUACACGCUGCAGGCCAAGGUGAACCUUCUACUGGCAACUCCCAAGCCCUCCUCUGACUCCCCUCUCCCUCCGCUGGAGACAGCAGACCCACUGGUCAACAGAGACACCAACAGUAGUGGGAACUUCUCCCAGGGUCCUAUAGGUGGGGCAGCAGCAGUAGCUGCAGUAGGUGGUGGAGGAGAGAUGGACACUACUGCUCUCAAGUACUUCAUAGAGCAGAAAUUCCCCGGAGCUUUGCUCAUGGAGGAACACCAGGUGUGUCUUUAUGAUUGGCGAGCGAGGUGUGCCUACCUAGGGCUAAAUGAUUCUAUUACGGGCAUGUUCUACUCGAUUUUUAAUAAUAUGAUUAUGUUGCACAUGAAUAGUUGAAAGUAAUUCUGAAAACUUGAACUGCUCGCGCUCGCUAGCCAAAAAUCGUUUGUUCUAAAGUAUGGGCUGAACACUG